GUUUGUGUUUCUGAAAAGCGGCUCUGACCUAUUUUCACUGUCAAAUUAUUUGAACGCAAUAACACGCCUAUGCGGUGUUUAUCUCAUUAAGGGUGUUCUGUGUCGUAUAAAAACACAUUUUAAUCAAAACGUUUUUAUUUGUACUUUUAUUUUUAAUGUAUCCUCGUGACGUCUAAACUGCGCCAAAGCCCCCAAAUGGCAGCCUGCUGCCUGAGCCGUUAGUUAAUUUAAAAACAGACAACUUAAUUUAUUGUUUUGAUACAGACUUCCCCGCGGACCCCGCGUUGACACAAACUUAGUGAUGGGUUCGAAGUCACGACGUCGGUCCAGAUCCAAGUCCACGAGCCGGAGCCGGGACCGGCGGAACCGGUCCAGAGUAAGCAGGUCCCGAUCCCCGGAGGAGAGGAGAGGCCGCAGCCGGUCUGCGGACAAGAAAAGAGCCGCUCGUGGUCGCGGUAGGUCGGGCAGCAGCGGGAGCAGCAACAGCUCUGCUGGCCGCCGGCGGCCUGCGCUCAGAGGCCGUGCGGCCUCCAGGAGCAGCUCCGAGAGCGACAGGAGGCGAGGAGCACCGCGGCCACGGAGCAAGUCCAGAGGGCGGUCGUCAAGCUCUGAUUCAGAUGAUCCCAAAGCCAGCAGCAGCAGGAGGAGGGGAAAGUCUCAAGAGGGGAGACGGGGAAGAUCCCAGCACAGCUCUAACUCCCGUGAUGGAAGCAGCGACAGAGAAAGAAGGAGACAGAGAAGUCCUGACAGAGGGAGCCCAUUUAGAGACAGACAGAGGCGGGACAGAGACCGAGAGAGAAGGGAGAGCAACAGCAGAGACAGGGAAAGAAAAAGAGAUGGAGACAAAAGCCAGGAGCGAAGUAAGAGGAGCGAAGACAGGGAUGAAGGGAGGAGUGUGAGAAGCAGAGAGAGCGCCGUCAGAGACAGAAGGCGGCAGCGCUCUAGUUCACCCGAGUCGUCUGAUAGCUCAGGGUCAGACCGCGGGGUCCGUGAAGCCAAAGAAAAGGAAAACAAGAAAAAACAGAGGGAGAUGUUGAAAGCUUUGGAGACGCCAGAGGAGAAGAGGGCCAGGAGGCUGGCAAAGAAGGAGGCAAAGGAGAAGAAAAGAAGAGAAAAGAUGGGCUGGAGUGAGGAGUACAUGGGAUACACCAACGCAGACAAUCCCUUUGGGGACAACAACUUACUGGGCACAUUCAAAUGGCAGAAGGCGUUGGAUAAGAAAGGCAUCGGCCAUCUCGGAGAAAAAGAGCUCAAAGAUAGGAACAAGUGUAUUCAGGAGGAGAACCGCAGAGAGCUGCAGAAGGUUAAACAGCUGCGUCUGGAGAGGGAGCGAGAAAAGGCAAUGAGAGAGACGGAGCUGGAGAUGCUGCAGAGGGAGAAGGAGGCUGAGCAUUUCAAAACCUGGGCUGAACAGGAAGACAACUUCCAUUUGCAUCAGGCCAAACUAAGGUCCAAGAUUAGAAUCCGUGACGGUCGUGCCAAGCCCAUUGACCUGUUGGCAAAGUACAUCAGUGCAGAAGAUGACGAUCUUGCCGUGGAGAUGCAUGAGCCUUAUACUUUUCUUAACGGGCUAACAGUCACCGACAUGGACGACCUGCUGGAGGACAUCAAGGUGUACAUGGAGUUGGAGCAAGGGAAGAAUGUGGACUUCUGGAGAGACAUGACGACAAUCACAGAGGACGAGAUCAGCAAACUGAGAAAACUGGAGGCCUCUGGGAAAGGACCAGGUGAUCGUCGUGAGGGUAUCAACACAGCUGUGAGCACUGACGUACAGACAGUGUUUAAAGGAAAGACAUAUAGCCAGUUGCAGGCGCUGCACCUGAACAUCGAAACUAAGAUCCGAGCCGGAGGCUCCAACCUUGAUAUUGGUUACUGGGAGAGUCUGCUGCAGCAAGUCAGAGUCUACAUGGCCAGAGCAAGGUUGAGAGAGCGACACCAGGAUGUGCUGCGUCAAAAGCUGUUCAAGCUGAAACAAGAACAAGGAGUGGAAAGCGAGCCUUUGUUCCCCAUCAUCAAAGAGGAGGCGAGAAGUGACGAAGAAGAGGAAAGAGCAGAUGAGCAAACAAGGACCGAAGAGCCUGGCCAGUCUUCAUCCUCCUUCACAAAAUAUAGGAGCAGAGAAACUGAAGAAGAGGAGGCAGGUCCAUCAACAUCCACGGCAGGAAACCAGGAUGAGGAUGGAGGAGAAAAGGGUGACAAGAAGGAUGAAGAGGAGAAAGGCGAGGUGGUGGAGGCCGUGUUAACGGAGGAGGACUUAAUCCAGCAGAGCCAGGCGGAGUACGACUCCGGCCGUUACAGUCCGACGCUGCUCACAUCCUCCGAGCUGCCACUGGACUCGCACACAAUCACACCGGAAGAGGACCUACACAGGCUGCAGUUAGCGCGCAGACAGUUGCAAGUCACCGGUGAUGCCAGCGAGAGCGCGGAGGACGCCUUUGUACGUCGUGCCAGAGAGGGCAUGGGCAACGACGAGGCUCAGUUCAGCGUUGAGUUUCCCGUCACGGGGAAGAUGUACCUGUGGGCGGACAAAUACCGUCCCAGGAAGCCCCGCUUCUUCAACAGGGUCCACACGGGUUUCGAGUGGAACAAAUACAACCAGACACAUUACGACUUCGACAACCCUCCGCCUAAGAUUGUUCAAGGUUACAAGUUCAACAUCUUCUACCCGGACCUGAUCGACAAGCGCUCCACCCCGCAGUACUUCCUCGAGCCGAGUCCUGACAACAAGGACUUUGGGAUUUUAAGGUUCCACGCAGGCCCUCCAUACGAGGACAUUGCCUUUAAGAUUGUAAACAGGGAGUGGGAGUACUCGCACCGACACGGCUUCCGCUGUCAGUUCGCCAACGGCAUCUUCCAGCUGUGGUUCCACUUCAAGAGAUAUCGCUACAGGAGAUAGAGGCCACAUACCAAGAUGGACCAAGAGCCCAGUCACUGGGUAUUAACCAUACACAGUAUAUUAUAUAGGCUGUGCAGUCACUGUUCUUUGUUGUAUUGUUUUUUUUAGGCUGCUCUUACACCAGAAAAAAGCCGUUUGUUAAAGCUACAAAUCACUCGAUGUGUAGCUGAAUUGAAUUGCAAUGCAGUUUGAAAAUUACUCAUUAAAGAUUUUUUCCCCUACUUUUUACU